AUGGCCAACCCGGUGCAGCCUCCUUUUCAAGACCCAGGCUCCACCUCGCCCCUGGAGCUACCUGAGAUGGAGAAGCUUCUCACCAAAGUGGAGAACAAGGAUGACAAAGCCCUGAAUCUGUCCAAGUCCCUGUCAGGGGCUCUGGACCUGGAGCAGAAUGGCCACAGCCUGCCCUUCAAGGUCAUCUCUGAGGGGCACCGCCAGCACUCCCUCCCUGGCUCCCCUUCCCGGGCCAGCUCUCGACGUGCAUCCUCUGUUGCCACCACCUCCUAUGCCCAGGAUCAAGAAGCCCCCAAAGAUUACCUGAUCCUUGCCAUUGCCUCUUGCUUCUGCCCAGUCUGGCCCCUCAACCUCAUUCCCCUCAUCUUUUCUAUCAUGUCUCGAAGUAGCGUGCAGCAGGGGGACAUGGAUGGGGCACGGAGGCUGGGGCGCCUGGCACGGCUGCUCAGCAUCACCUUCAUCAUCCUGGGCAUCGUUAUCAUCAUUGUGGCUGUCACUGUCAACUUCACAGUUCAGAAGUAACCGCAGAGCUGAUU